AUGCCGCCCUGGAGAGCCAUCCUCCCGUUACUUCUCCUCUUUUUCCAACACCCCGAAGCCAAAAACCCCGAGCGAUGCCCCUGCGCCCCAGGCAAAACUUGUGCACUACAGGGCAACUUCUACCCACGCAGAAAAAUUCGCUACGAAAAGUCGGCGAUUCCCGGAAACCCUAAUCAAGUUUUGCAUGUGCAAUUGGCUUUGAAAGUGAAGGAAUUCCCUACUUAUUCAUUUAUUGCCUUCCCAAAUGAGACUUCAAUUGAUGCAACUUGGCUACCAUCUCGAUUCGACACUUCGAUCGCUGAUCGGAUUCCACCGAAAAUUGCAAAUGUUUCGAAAUUUAUCGAUGCGGUCCGAAUCCACUUUGAAUUGCCAAAAGACAUAAAAGACGUUGGGAUGGCGCUGUAUUUGUUAGGGAUCUGGGGUGGAUGUUCUGGGAAUACGAAGGAUAUGUUCAAGGGGCAAUGUCAGCUCGAUGUAUCGACAGCUUCAUUACAAAGAUUUUGCCUUCCCGGUCGACCAUGCACACAUUAUGAAAAUAGCCACCAGCUGGUGCUUCGGAGGGUGACGACAGCAAAAGUCGGAGUGUUGUUAUGCUUGAUAUUUGAUAAAAAAGAUCCCUGGGAAGUUAAUGAAACUGACAUUGACAUCGCUUAUGAAAAAUGCCUAGGCAACGGCCAAUAUUCUACCGUAUUCACUGGAUACCUCUCGGAAAAAUGCCGCCUCAAAGAAAAGCAGCCAUUGCUGACGGAGACCCGAAAAAUUGCUGACCAAGAUGCGUUGUCGCGGUCUCGUUUCCUCGCGGAAAUUGGGCUGCGUAAGACGAUAAAAAGGCAUUCAAAUGUUGUGAAUUUGAUUGGUGUAAAUACCGCACCAGAAAGCCUAUGCAUAUUACUGGAAUACUGUGAACAUGGAAGUCUCUUCAAUUUUCUACAAACAAAGCUAAAAGCUUAUGUAGAGGUCCAUGAAGUCGAACAAAUCUCCAAAAACGGCCCGCCACCAGCCCCCCUAAAUUCCAAUGACUUUUUGAAGCUUGAUCAUUGCUUCCGGGUAGCAAUCGAUAUAUGCAAUGGAUUGGAACAUUUGCAUUCAUUGGGAAUUAUUCACCGGUCGCUGCAGAGUCAGAAUAUCCUGCUCGCGGCUGAUUAUUCUGCGAAAAUAUCCGGGCUGGCGUCGGCACAAAAGGAGGCCGAACCCUCAAAUAGAUUCCGAACCCAUGCACAUUUGCCAAUAAAAUAUAUGGCUCCAGAAAGUUUAAGAAAUUCUCAAUAUACUACUUCAUCAGAUAUCUGGAUGUUUGGAGUAUUAUUUUGGGAGAUUCUAACUGUCGGCGGGCUACCGUACCCUUCGGUUCCGGUUAUUCAGAUGUAUACGGUAUUGAGAAAAGCUAUACGACCACCACAACCGUUAUCCUGUUCUGAUCCUCUAUACUCUCUACUACAAGAUUGCUGGUCUUUCGAACCCACCCUUCGGCCAAAACUUGCUGAAAUCAGAAGAUUAUUACUUGGAUACAUCAGUUCUGGGGAGGUCCAUGAAGAGCUCGUUACGAUCGAUCCAUGUUCGGACAGUUAUGUACAACGCGAAGAGCCAAGA